GGGACUGGGCCGUGCGGGGUGGAACGCGGCCCGGAAGCUGGCCGGGCUUCAGCGCUGGGGUCCGGUCCGGAGUCUCGUCGGACUUAGCGGGCGGCCGCAUUGUUUGGGCAGCGGCCGUCUCCAGGGACCCAACUCUGCAAGUGCACUGCAGGAACGCAGGGCCUUGUCUUAAGAGGAAAUGUGGUAGCCUCGAGCACCCCUGAAGCAUGGAUCCCCCGGCUUAGCGACAUGCUGUCCGUCUUGGGAGUGCCUCAGGAUGUACAGGGCUGGCGAGCCAGGGAGGCGCGUGCGGAGUGUGGAGGUCGCCCGUGGCAGAGCCGGCUACGGGUUCACCCUCUCAGGACAGGCGCCUUGUGUGCUCAGCUGCGUCAUGAGGGGCAGCCCCGCCGACUUCGUUGGCCUCCGAGCUGGAGACCAGAUAUUUGCUGUCAAUGAAAUCAACGUGAGAAAAGCCUCUCACGAGGACGUGGUGAAGUUGAUCGGGAAAUGCUCUGGUGUCCUGCGCAUGGUGGUUGGCGAGGGCGUCGGCCACCUGGAGUCCUGCUCCAGUGAUGAGGAGGGUGGACUUUAUGAGGGGAAAGGUUGGCUGAAGCCCAAACUUGACUCUAAGGCAUUAGGUAUCAACAGGGCAGAGAGAGUUGUGGAGGAAAUGCAGUCGGGUGGGAUUUUCAAUAUGAUUUUUGAAAAUCCAAGUCUUUGUGCAAGUGGUUCAGAGCCCUUGAAACUCCAGCAAAGGUCCCUGUCGGAGUCUGCCGCCUCACGAUUGGACCCAGGCUUCGAGGCACUGAGUGCACCGCGUCCCAGCAUGCUUUCCAAGGAGGAAGUGUCAAAAGUCAUCAAGGACGACUCGGUUUUCAGCGUAGGACUAGGGGGUCACGAUGACUUUGGGCUGGAUGCGAGUAUUUUAAACGUGGCCAUGGUGGUGGGCUACUUAGGCUCCAUCGAGCUCCCUUCCACAAGCUCCAACCUGGAGUACGACAGCUUGCAGGCCAUCCGUGGUUGCAUGCGGCGCCUGCGGGCAGAGCAGAAGAUCCACUCUCUGGUGACGAUGAAGGUCAUGCAGGACUGUGUGCAGCUGUGCACAGACAAGGCCAGUGUGGUGGCCGAGUACCCAGCUGAGAAGCUGGCCUUCAGUGCUGUGUGCCCAGACGACAGGCGGUUCUUUGGGCUGGUGACCAUGCAGACCAGUGAUGACGGGAGCCUGGUGCAGGAGGAGGAGGGUGCCCUGCGGACGUCCUGCCACGUGUUCAUGGUGGACCCAGACUUAUUUCAUCACAAGGUCCACCAAGGCAUUGCGCGGCGGUUUGGGUUUGCCUGCACGGCCGACCCUGACACCAGUGGCUGUUUGGAGUUCCCAGCGUCCUCACUUCCAGUGCUCCAGUUCAUCUCUGUCCUAUACCGAGACAUGGGCGAGCUGAUCGAGGGUGUGCGGGCCCGGGCUUUCCUGGACGGGGACGCUGAUGCUCACCAGAACAAUAGCACCAGCAGCAACAGUGACAGCGGCAUUGGGAAUUUCAACCAGGAAGAGAAGAGUAACCGGGUGCUCGUGGUAGACCUGGGUGCCAGCUCGAGCAGGCACAGCCCGGGCAGUGGCCCUGGGUGGGAGGGUGCAGGCGGGAGGGGCUCUCAGCCCUGGGGUGUGCCCUGGAAUGGGGCCUUCUGCCGUGACCCUGAGGCGGUCUCCCCAUUUGAGGCUGGUCCCCAGACCGACAGGUUCUGGGACUUAAACAAGCAUCUAGGCCCACCCUCUCACAUGGAGGUGCCCCCAGCCUCCUUGCGGAGUUCUGUCCCUCCUUCCAAGAGGGGUGCUGUCGGUGCUGGCUGUGGUCUGAGCCAGCGGUGGCUUCCGGUCCAUGUGCUCCAGGAGUGGCAGUGUGGGCAUGCCAGCGACCAGGAGUCAUACACAGAUUCUACGGAUGGCUGGUCCAGUGUCAACUGUGGAACACUGCCCCCUCCCAUGAGCAAGAUCCCCGCAGACCGAUACCGGGUGGAAGGCAGCUUCACGCAGGCCCCACUGAGCUCCCAGAAGAGGGACUGGCCCAGGAAGACCUUUGGAAUGCAAAACAUUUUUGGGCCCCAUAGAAAUGUUAGAAGGAGCAAAGAAGACAAAAAGGGCUCCAAAUUUGGACGGGGAAUUGGGUUCACCCAGACUUCUCAACGAACUUCUGCGCGGAGAUCAUUUGGAAGAUCCAAGAGGUUCAGCAUCACACGGUCCCUCGAUGACCUAGAGUCUGCAACUGUGUCUGAUGGUGAGUUGACGGGUGCUGACCUGAAGGACUGCGUCAGCAACAACAGCCUGAGCAGCAAUGCCAGCCUCCCCAGUGUGCAGAGCUGCCGGCGCCUGCGCGAGAGGAGGGUCGCCAGCUGGGCUGUGUCGUUCGAGCGUCUGCUGCAGGACCCUGUUGGUGUUCGCUACUUCUCUGAUUUCCUAAGGAAGGAAUUCAGUGAAGAGAACAUUUUAUUCUGGCAGGCCUGUGAAUACUUCAACCAUGUUCCUGCACAUGACAAGAAGGAGCUUUCCCACAGGGCCCGGGAGAUUUUCAGUAAAUUCCUGUGCAGCAAAGCCACCACCCCUGUCAACAUCGACAGCCAGGCACAGCUAGCCGACGAUAUUCUCAACGCACCUCACCCAGACAUGUUCAAGGAGCAGCAGCUCCAGAUUUUCAACCUGAUGAAGUUUGAUAGCUACACUCGCUUUCUGAAAUCCCAGCUGUAUCAAGAGUGCAUCCUGGCUGAGGUGGAAGGCCGUGCCCUCCCAGACUCACAGCAGGUUCCCAGCAGCCCUGCCUCUAAGCACAGCAUCAGCUCCGACCACUCCAGCGUGUCCACUCCAAAAAAGUUAAGUGGGAAGUCAAAAUCAGGAAGAUCCCUGAAUGAAGACGUGGGGGACGAGGACAGUGAGAAGAAACGGAAAGGGGCCUUUUUCUCUUGGUCAAGGAAUAGGAGCACUGGGCGGUCCCAGAAGAGGAAGGAGCAUGGGGACCAUGCCAACGAUUCCCCUCAUGCCAAUGGAGGCCUGUGCCGCCGUGAGUCCCAGGGCUCUGUGUCGUCGUCAGGGAGCCUGGACCUGGCAGAGACCAGCAGGACCUCUGCACCUGAGAGAGACAAGGCUGCCAAGCACUGUCGUGUCCACCUCCCGGACGGGACGUCCUGUGCCGUGGCCGUCAAGGCAGGGUUCUCCAUCAAAGAGGUCCUGGCUGGACUCUGUGAGCGACAUGGCAUCAACGGGGCUGCUGUGGACCUCUUCCUGGUGGGCGGGGACAAGCCACUGGUGCUGCAUCAGGACAGCAGCAUCUUAGCCUCGAGGGACCUGCGCCUAGAAAAGCGUACUUUGUUUCGGCUGGAUCUCGUUCCAAUUAACCGGUCGGUGGGACUCAAGGCCAAGCCCACCAAGCCUGUCACAGAGGUGCUGCGGCCAGUGGUGGCCAAGUAUGGCCUGGACCUUGGCAGCCUGCUGGUGAGGCUGAAUGGAGAGAAGGAGCCCCUGGACCUUGGUGCCCCCAUAUCGAGUCUGGAUGGACAGAGAGUUGUCCUAGAGGAAAAGGACCCUUCCCGAGGAAAAGCGCCCGCAGAUAAGCAGAAAGGUGUGCCCAGCCGAGGGAGCACGGCAGUGAACUCCAGCCCCAGAAACCACGCGGCUAUGGGAGAGGAAAGAACACUAGGCAAGUCUAAUUCUAUUAAAAUAAAAGGAGAAAAUGGAAAAAAUGCUAGGGAUCCCCGGCUUUCAAAGAGAGAAGAAUCUAUUGCAAAGAUUGGGAAAAAAAAAUAUCAGAAAAUUAAUUUGGACGAAGCAGAGGAGUUUUUUGAGCUCAUUUCCAAAGCUCAGAGCAACCGAGCAGAUGACCAGCGUGGGCUGCUGAGGAAGGAAGACCUGGUGUUGCCCGAGUUCCUUCGCUUGCCUACUGGUUCUGCAGAGCUCGCCCUCUCCACCUCGGCCCCGGCCAAAGGCUUUAGCAAGAGACCCGUGGCGGGCUGUGGCCAGGAGCGAGCAGUCCAGCCUUCUGGGAGCUGGGAACCAGCCCAGGACUGCAGCGACAGCCCAGCCACCAGCCCUGGCUCUGCCCAGAGCCCCAGCUCCACCCACAGCCCUGGCUCCGCCCACAGCCCCCCUGGGGUCCCUGGGACUACUGCACCUGGACAGAAUACUCCUGGAGAGCCCUUCUGUGCCCCCCAGGGGCAGGAGGGCACUACGCAGAUCUGGAGGAGGCAGUCAAGGGACGUAGAGGCUGGGGACAUCCAGACCGUGGAGGAUGAGCAUGUGGCUGACCUGACCCUAAUGGGGGAGGGGGACAUCAGCAGCCCCAACAGCACACUGCUGCCUCCAUCCCCCAGUCCCCAGGACACACCCGGACCUCCAAGACCAGGAGGCAGGGCCCGUGGCAGCCGAGGCCUCCCGGUCAACAGGACCAUCGAUGUGGACCUCGUCACUGGUGUGGCGGCCAGGCUAGGCGGUGACGUGCUGGGGGCGAGGGUUGGUGGGCCCCUGAUGUCAGGACGCCCUGGCCUGAGCCCCGUCCCAGGUGAGCCGGCCAAGCCCCCGGCUAGCACACACCGGGCCACCUAUGUCUGAAGCUGCUCCUGGUCCCGUGCAAGCUACCCUGCCCUGACCUCCACACACGUGGACACCACCCGGCCCAGGACCUCUCAGGGGCACCUGGAGCGUGUGCCCCUCAGCCACUACACCCUCAGGAGCCAAACGGGGAGAAGGCGGGACCACCUCGUCGCAGGGCCUGGCCUCAGACACCUGCCACCAGCCCCGUGCUGCCCUCUGCCUCAGACUCUUCCCAAUAAAGCAUUUUGAAGACCU